CGCUGGGGCAACUGCUCAUACGAACCUUUUCACUUAGUUCGAAGUUGUCUAGGUCGUUAUGAUCGUUAUGUUAGUUUGGGGAUAAGGAGAUGUGAGUUCCAUAAUUACCACGUUGUGCGAUUGUCAAGUGUUAUGUAAACAAUGGCUGCAACUACUGGAUAUGUGAAUGUAAUCAAAGGAUCAGGGAAGGAAGGAUCACGUUUCCCCGGUUACUGAAGUUUGCCUAAUUGGUAGUGGACUUCAUUGUGAAAUUAGAAUUCAUUUAGCUUAUGUUGCUGUAGAGCAUUGUUUAAUUCAGUGCCAGGAAGGGGGAAAGUGCUCACUAAAGAACUUAUGUAAACACAUGCCAACUAAACUAAAUGGUACUGAUGUUACUGAAGUUGCAAUACUGCACCACGGAGACACUAUCAGCGUAUCUGACAGUUUGUUCCGUUGGGAAUACGAAGAACUACCACAAAUUUCUUCUGUUAUGAAGCCAACUGUGGCACUGCUUCCACGUAAUGUGACAGAAGAUAUGGGAUCUUCAAAGCGACUGGUGGCUGUUGUAUCACCACAGAUCAGAGAAAGACAGGUUAAAUUUGGUCCCCAGGAUUCUGAUCAGUCUGCAGUAUCAGAUGACAAGACUCCGCGCUUAGUAAAUGCCUCCCACCGUACCAGUGUUACAAGUUCAGUGAAAAAAUCACUGCUAAAAGUAACACCACAUGUAAGAAAAUCUGGUGGUGCCUCUACUGUACAAACAAUUUCUUUUGAAACACCUCACACUGUUACAUCUGUUAUGAGUGACAGUGUUUCUGAUUUGGUGGAAACACCUGUGUCAAAAACAUCACGUGUAAAGAGAUCAAGUAUAUCUUACAGUGUCACCCCUCGCUCGCGAAAAUCAGUGCAAAUGGGAAGACUCUCUCACAGUGUGCCAUCUCUAAAAAAGACUCCUAAUGCAGAGGAAACAGUUGCAGUUACUUCGCCAAGGUCCUACAGGAAGGACCCCUUAGGAGUUUCGUCAAGUGUUAAAUCUGCAAAUGCUACACCAGGUGGGAAGUUUAUUGGAGGGGAGACUCCAGGUGUCUCACAGGUACAACCAUUGCAUUGUAAAAGUCAUGAACAGCAAAAAGUUCCUGCUGCAGAUACUUCUAAUAUAUGUUGUUGUUUUCAGGUUAAAAUUGGUGCCCAGGAUUCUUAUCAGUCUUCAGUACUGGAUAACAAGACUCCGCACUCAGUAAAUGUCUCCCGCCGUACUAGUAUUAAAGGUUCAGUUAAAAAAUCGCUGCUGAAAGUAACACCAAAUCCGCGAAAAUCUGGUGGUGCAGAACCAAUAGCUUGUGAAACACCUCACACGUUUAACUCGGAUAUGCGUGAUAGUGUUUCCGAUUCAGUUGAAACACCAGUGUCAAAAACAUCACGUGUAAAGAAGUCAAGCAUAUCUUACAGUGUCACCCCUUGCUCGCGAAAAUCAGUGCAAAUUGGAAGACACUCUCACAGUGCGCCAUCUCUAAAAAAGGCUCCUACUGCAGAGGAAACAGUUGCAGUUUCUUCACCAAGAAAGUUCUAUAGGAAGGACACCUUAGGUGUUUCCUCAAGUGUUAAAUAUGCAAAUGCUACACCAGAUGCGAAGUUUAUUGGAGGGGAGACUCCAGAUUUCUCACAGGUACAAUCAUUGGGCAAAAGAUCACAAAGGUAUAGCCAAAAAGUUCCUGCUGCAGAUACUUCAGCAACCAUAGUACAGUCUCCAGAUUUAUUCUCGUUAGAUCAGAUACCCUCCAAUGGAGAUGUGGCACAGCUAAAAGAAUUGCAGAAAUCGUCUACAUCUGCUGUGGCUGAGACACCCAAAAGAAAAUCAGCUGGACUGCUGCUCGCGCACAUUCGUGAAAGUCAGGAAUAA